AUGGAAGUCCACACGCCUAUAUCUACCACCAGAACCAAAAAUGUUCACUCUCCCCCUAGUGUUGGAAGCAACUCUCCAUCAUCGGCCAGAAAUUUCAAGAAAUUCUCAGGACAAGUGCUGACACGAGUCAACUCGACCUUUCGCAGCUUUAGUGCACCAGGUGCAGGAUCACCCAGCAGGUUUUACCAUAGCGUCGAAGAUCGUCCUCGCAUUAUCCAAAGAAACUCAUCACGAUUUGCACCCAGCGAGACUGAAGACGAAGAACAAGAAUUCGGUCCGUCUUUUCUUUCUUUAACGAAACCGACCAUGAACAUAGGCACUAGACGAAGCAAAGCGCCUGCGCCUUUGCAUUUGAGUCCCAUCACACCACGCCCAACCCCACGCAAAUGUCACAGCUCCAGCACAAAAGUUGUGCCUUGUUUGGAGUCUCCCAUGGACUCCAGGCGUUCCGGCUACGUAUCGUCGGAUUGUGCCAGUUGGGUAACAGCAAGCUCUAUAGAACCACGCAGGCGUCUCAAUUCUGCUUUAGAGGCGUCCCCUACCAGCCGUUUUACCGUCCAGCAGCCUAUUUUCAGGGACCCAUGGCCAGACAUGUAUCCCGAGGAUGAAUCGCCCACUUGCGCUGCAGAGCUCCGAAAAAAUGUCAGUCUUCUAUCGGGAGGUCCCAAGAACUAUGCUACCAGCAACUGUAGCAUAUGCAACGAGAGCUUGACAUGCGCUCUUGACGGGGAAAAGCUCAUAGAGCUUUCCUGUGAUCAUCAAUGUCACUAUAACUGCUUCCUGAUAUCCUUCGAAGCCCUGCUUCCGGCUAACGCCUUUCCAACGUGCUCAAUUUGUAAAAAAGCAUCUAAGCCCAAAAACGAAGAUGCUUUGAGCGAGCUAACGGCAAAGAUUUUGUGCGGAGGGUCUGAUUACCGUGCAGCUAAACCCACGGAAACCGCAUCUGAGAAAUACAGUAUUCAACCCCAAAGUAUCCAUCAACCAAUCGAGACCGGAUCCCGCCAAAAUAGCCGCAUACACGAUCUCAGGACCCCGUUUGAUCAAGUAAUUCGAAGUGCUGAAGUUACAAGUGAUGGUUUCAAGCAUUCCUGCAACCUUAUGGUGUCGCCGGAAACUAGACCUACACCUUCCACUCGGACCAGCUCUUUCGGUUCUAGGAGUUUUAUGUCGAAAAGCGAGGGGCCAGAUUACGAUUUGGACCUCAGCAAGCCCCGUAUUCAUUUGGUUCCGCAGUUAUCCAAAUUCAGCAUAAAGGAAGAUUCAGAAUUGGCGAGCGUACAAUAUGUUAUGGCCACAUAUCUCCCCAAAGGAGGUCAUGUUGCUGAGACGGCCAAGCUUUUGAAAAAGAAAGAGACUCGGAUAAGGAACGAAGUGCAAGCGUUCGUGGAAGAAAUGCUUGAAGGUUCUUCUCCUAUGGGGCUUUUGGAAACGUUCGAUAUUUUGAGCUACUCAGAAGACGAGGAUACAUGGGUUACAGUAACGGCUUUUUUAUUUCGAGCAGGAUUGGUUCUCGCGGCCGACGGAAGCAUUGUUGGGAAUAUUCCAAAGAAUCAAAUAUCACAAUUGCAUCAAUUGGAUCCAAAUACGAUAAUAAUGAACCUCAAGUCUAAAUCAUUGCCAGAGGUAUUUCUCAGUUGUCAAGAUGAUUCCUCGGUAAUCCGCAAAUGGUUUUACUAUUUGAAGCAGGUUUAUCUCAGGUCUGAAGACCAAAGUAAUACGAUUGUUCCAAUAGGGCAGUUGACAUCCAAUAGCUGGGAAUUACUUCCAGAUACUCUUGCUCAACCUAUCCGUCCAAAACUUACAGAGAGUGAAUUCGGUGAAGCUUCAGAAUCACGUCUAAGUGUUGUCGCUCCUUGUGGCAGAUUACCACUCAAAGUUGUUCUGUGCUUCAGUAUCAUAAACUGUCAUCCGGAGUUGCAUUCUAAUGAGGAGCAUUUAUUCACAUUGAAGUCUACGUUGUUACAGUGUCUCAAAUGUCUUUCUAGUCAAGAUCUCAUUGGCCUUGUCGUUGUGGGAAGAGAUGGCGCUGGCAGGGUUGGACCUUUCGGAACCUUCAUUGGCAUGGUCAGAAGAGACUGGGAUGGACUUCUUGAUUUUGUUGAAGGUCUUACGAUCCGCAACAAUGAUGGCUUUUUCGAGAAUGAUGCCUGUGAGUUGAAAGUGAUGCUUGAAACAUGCCACAAACUCAUUUGCACAAUAGAGCAAGAUGAGCACAUUUCACAGUUGGUGAUUCUGGGAAACGAUCAUUCUAUCAAUAAUAUGCCGAGCAAUAACGGCCUCCAAAUGCGAAAGAUAAAACGUAGCCUGGACACUAUCGUUAGCGACUUCAACUUCUCCAUUCACCAAUACUUUACGUGCAACAGCCGUGUGCUAUUAACCGAUCUGGUUCAAGACUCGUACUUCAAUGUCAUUUCCAAGGGCGUAAAAGCCUUGAAAGACGUUUGUGCUAAUGAUCUGAUAGCGAGACUGCAUGAAAGCUUUAUCAAGUCUUUUUCUGCCUGCUUGCGCAGCGUGGACAGCUCGGUAGUCCAGUUCUGUGCAGUUGAACACAACGGCCAAUUAGUGAAGCUUACAAAGCCGACCUCUGAGCUGCGGCUCACAAUCGGAAACCUUCGGCCCGGAGAAGUCAAAAAUGUCGUAUUAGAGGUUCAAGUCCAUGUCUCCAAUCUCCGACACCAUUUGGGGAACUAUUUUCUAUCGUGCGAGGCACCUUCAUCCUUGUUGCAGUAUGCGGUUGAGUGGUACGAUCAUUCUGGGGUACUAUCAUCUCAAGGAUACUCUUUCUGCUGUGAUUUCAAAUUCAGUUCAAGUGGAACAACUGUGUCGUCGACGUAUUCCAUGAAGGCUCCCUUUAGCCUUUGCUCUCAUGACUCUCAGGGCAGCGAGCUGGAAAGUUUGAAUAUUUCACUGGCACCCCCAAUGUCAGCCUCCCGUGACAUGUUCUUUUCCACGCGCCAGAUGGAGCUGCUCACUGCUGAGACUUUGAAGAGUGCUUUAUCUGAACUCAACGCUACAGCUAGUACAAUUUUGAAUCAGUUGGUUUCCAUAAUUUAUUGUAUCAGCAGGGAUUGUAUUUGCAACGAUCCCAGGUUUUACCGGCUGGUAAAGACGGAGCGUAUUGGUCAUUACGCUGAGAAAUUGAGCUUAGAAUUGCAACAUAUUGCACAAUUGUCCUCAAGUUCGGAUAGCAAAGCUAGAGCGUUGUCCAGGUGGAAAAUGCGCGAAAUGCGGGCUCGUUUAAUAUGUCAGGACAGAUAA